CUCCCUCAACACCUCUAUGCCACUUCCCAUCCAGAACUCCGCCAACUGAUCGAAUACCCCAUACGAAUGUCGUCCGUCCUGUUCAACGUGAGGUAACAGGAAUUUAUCUUUCACGAAUUGCCUCCAAGAUGACGGUCGAGGCAUUGACUCCCUCGAAGAAGCGAGCCUUCGACGCGGAUCCCUCUACCGUCCCUACGAACGCCGCCCUACAAGUUUCGCCUGAGGUGUCAGGAGAAGACAGUCGUGGCUCACCGGCCCCUAGCACUCUGACCUCUCUUUCAGAGACCCCAGUACCAACCAUUGAGCUGAGUGCUGGCGCCAAAUCUGGUCAGCCGCCCGCAAAACGACGGAAAAUGACGCCCCAAGAGAAGGAGGCCCAGAGGCUUGAAAAGGAAUGGAGAGCUCGGGAGAAGGAAGAGCAGAAGAGGGCGAAAGCCGAGGAGAAACGCGUGAGGGACGAAGAGAAGCGGAAGAAACAUGAAGAAUUGGAGGAGAAACGGCGCGAGAAGGACCUUAAGAAACUACAAGCCGAGCAGGAGAAGCAGAAAAAGGAGAGGUCUCAAUUGCGCCUCAAUGCUUUCUUCAUCGGGCCGAAGGCUACGAAACCAUUCCACGAGAGUCCUGAGAAACACCGUUACAUCACGAAAGAAGCUGCCACGAGAAGGUCAUUGUCUAUCGACCCGAUAGACUCUCUUAAAGGAUCCGGUGCCGGAAGAUCACCCAAAUCGUCAAGAAAGCCUCUUACGGAUUAUGAGGCGUUCUUUCUGUCGUACUUCCCACCUUCAAAUACAAUAUUAGCUCCAUAUAACCCUCAACUUCCGCCGCCAGACAAGCUACCCGAAAUUAGGGCCCGGAUGGAUGAGUACAGCAGGCGGCCUACAGAAACUUCUACGUGGUUAAGGAUCUGCUCGGAUUUCAACAUUGUCCGUCGGCCACCGUCUCAGAACCUGAGUCCUUCGGUUCGGGAUAUCAUGGCUGAAAUUAAUGGUUCCGCUAUGAAACCGGUUGAUCUGACAAGCGAGUGCUCGUUGCAAGCCUCACGAUCGCCUCUGGAGACCCUCCAAUCCAUUCCCAUGAAGUACAUUCACUUUGGGGAGGAUGUCAGACCACCAUACUACGGGACCUUCACACGUGUGCAGGACCGGUCGCUUGCUCUAAAACUCUGCCGAAAUCCAACAUCCAGGAGCAUACCGGACAUCAACUACGACUACGACUCGGAAGCAGAAUGGGAAGAGGCGGAUGACGGGGAAGACCUUGCGUCGAACGAUGACGACGAAGAAUCGGUAGAGGGUGAAGAAGAUAUGGAUGGGUUCUUGGACGAUGAUGGGGCAGUUGAGCCCGUGAAGCCUAGAGCUAUGCUUGGGGGCACAGAACUUGUUCCCGUCUCAACUGGCAUAUGUUGGCAGGAUCAGAAGGCCUCCUCCAGAAACGCAGAUACCAACGAGAUCGCCUUGUUCCCAGGAUACAAAAUGGGUGUAUUGAUGGUCCCUCCACCGGCAUCUAUCGACCCAUACUCAGUCUCUUACUGGGAGAAGGUGUCGCCCAAGCCGACGGCCUCAGGCUCUUCUCUAUUCGCUAAACUUUCAUCGGGUAAAUCGUCAAUGGAUCCACCUCGAUUGCCUCUUACAGUCCGCCCAAAUUCCUUCCUUAAUGGAUCGAACACCGGCCCAAUACCUACAAAAUCUAUAGGCGCCAAAGCAUUGUCCGCUGCGCCAGGCCAGAAACGAUUAGUUGGGUCAGAGCAACUUCCUGAGUUCAAACAGGCCAUUGAAGGAAGCGACCUCACCAAAAUAGCUAUUGUUGAGGACUUGAAGAAGAGGUUCCCGAAGAUACCCAAGGAUGCGAUCAUCAACACACUCAACCUCGUCGCGGAACGGAUUGGGCCAAAGGCCACCGAAAAGAGAUGGGUUCUUCGCCCAGAGACAGCCUGAAACAAUGGGAUGCACCGGGGAAGCCAAGGCUCGUUGCGCCUUGGAAAUUCAAGGAAGGGUCGAUCAGCCCGUGGUUUUAUAUAACGACAUUGGGUAUCCCGUGUAUGGGAUUUGAUCAUGGGUUGAGCUGUCUGCGAGAAGAACAAAGAAAGCUUGAGAAAGGCACAGCUCCACGAUCAUUACGCCAUCACGUAUCACGCUUUGUAUAAUACCUAGGCACUCCUUACCAGGACUACGUUACGGGGUACAAUGCUUUGAAGAGGAGCCAUCAAAUAGCUACGACACGAUAGUGAGUGUCCUCAUAGAUGUCCACCUCACAAUUCAAAGAGUCUUGGAGGCUAUAUCAUAUAUUACAACGUUCUCGGUAGAGGUGUUGUCUGAUUUCAAGCUCAGGGGCCAGUCGUCGCAAU